AGUGAGAAAAAGACUGUUCCAAGUGAGUCGAAGGAACCAAUCAGCUUCAAAGAUGCUGUGGGAAGGAAAUUCACUUUUCCAUAUCAUCUAGUCAAGUCAUGGAAGAGUAUGGAAGAACUCAUCAAGCAAGCCUUCCUCCAUGUCGAUGUGAUUGGGCCUCAUGUCCAGGAAGGCCAUUACGAUCUUGUCGGGCCCGAUGGCCAAGUCAUACUUCCACAGGUCUGGCAGUCCCUAGUGCAACCAGGUUGGAAUGUGACCAUGCACAUGUGGCCUAUGCCCGAGUCCUCUCAGCACGCACCUCCGCCUGGACCUCCGCAUCCGCAUCGAAACAACUCUCUCCCACAAGCUCCAUCUGAAGCAACAAUCCUUCCUGUUGAUACUUUGGAUAAUAAGGAAUCGUAG